GCUCUUACUUUUAGGAUACGGCUAGCUGUAGCCUACCUGUCACUGGGGAAAUUAUAGGCGUCUUUUUGUAACUAACCAUAGGUAUCGAAGAAAGGCUACAGUAUGUCAGGGGCAUUGGCAAGGCUUUUAUUUUAUCCAACUUUAGCUUACAAUGUUUUAAUGGAGAAAAUAACCUCUAGGGAAUGGUAUAACCGUGUGGAUCAGACUGUUAUUUUGGGGGCUCUUCCUUUCAAAUCAAUGACAGAGGAGUUGGUCCAGAAAGAAAAUGUCAGAGGAGUGAUAACCAUGAAUGAAGAGUACGAGACCAAGUACUUUUGCAAUUCAUCAGAGGAGUGGAGAGCAGCCGGGGUGGAGCAACUCCGCCUGAGCACAGUUGACCUCACGGGUGUGCCCAGCAUGGAGCACCUGCAGAGAGGGGUGGAGUUUGCCCUGCAGCAUGGACAGGAAGGCACCAGUGUGUACAUUCACUGCAAAGCCGGCCGGUCCCGCAGCGCCACCGUCGCCGCUGCCUACCUCAUCAAGCUUCACUGCUGGAGUCCCGAAGAAGCGUGUCGGAUGUUGGCCUCCGUGCGGCCACAUGUGCUGGUGCGCUCCGCACAGCGGGAGCUGCUCCUGCAGUACUACCAGCAGGUCUGUGCUUCAGGCUCCAGCUAGAGGAGGGACGGAGAUGCCAUUGGGUCCAUCGGAAGGCGUCUUACACUAUAAAUAGCUUGGAUGUAGGUGAACAGAAUGCAAAGUUUUGGGUGCACUUUUUUUUAAUGAUCCAAUAGUUGUUUUUUAUAUGGGUGCAGACAUUUUAUAUACCAUUUGUACACACACACUGAGCCAUCAGGCUUCAAGAAUCAGUCAAGUACUGUAUGUGAAAAAAACUGACUUGGUUACUGUAUUUAUUGACUGUAUUAAAGUUACAGAUUGUGAAAAUA